AUCAGGAAAAAGGAAAUGAAACCAGAGACCCGGGGCUGAGCCACGGAGUAAUAAUAAUACUAGCGAUGCUGUUCUCCCCAUUUGCAGCGCACCCACCGGGCUCCGGAGCAUGUUCAGAGCUGCCCGGGCAGGAAGCCUGAGCGGAGCCCCGGGAGCUCCGGGCUGAGGCCGCGGUGGCCGCCGAGGCAGCCGCUCGCCGCCCGCGGCCGCGGGAGCAGCUCCGCCGCCCGGCGUGCCAGCGGAGCGCGGCGGGGAUGGGAGGAGGAAAUCCUGUGAAUGUCAUUGGGGGGCGGAGGGGGAACUCAGCUGGUGACAAGGCUUCGAGAGCAGACAGCCUCUGCGGGGGCAGCGGGGGCAGAUCCCACCACAGGCACGCUACAAAGGAACAAUCCCUGCCAAUGUCAUCGGCCAUCGAGAGGAAAAGCCUCGAUCCUUCCGAGGAGCCGGUGGAUGAAGUCCUCCAAAUUCCACCCUCGCUGCUGACAUGCGGCGGUUGCCAACAGAACAUUGGGGACCGCUACUUCCUGAAAGCCAUCGACCAGUACUGGCACGAAGACUGCCUCAGCUGCGACCUCUGUGGCUGCAGGCUGGGCGAGGUGGGGAGACGGUUGUAUUACAAACUGGGCAGAAAGCUCUGCAGAAGGGACUAUCUCAGGCUCUUUGGCCAAGACGGCCUCUGCGCCUCCUGCGACAAGCGAAUCCGCGCUUAUGAGAUGACCAUGCGAGUGAAGGACAAAGUGUAUCACCUUGAAUGCUUCAAAUGUGCUGCCUGCCAGAAACAUUUCUGUGUUGGGGACAGAUACCUCCUCAUCAACUCAGACAUAGUAUGUGAACAGGACAUCUACGAGUGGACUAAGAUAAAUGGAAUGAUCUAGCAAAGACAUGCCUCAUAGUGUACAAAAGCCAUCUCGUGGGCAACACCGUAGCUGCAGUGAGGAGAUCAUCACUUGAGCUAUGGGCUUUGUCUAAAAUGGGGGGAAAAUACCACGGAGUCGGCUCUUUGCAGGCAGUGCUACAUAGAAUCUAAACUACAAAUAGGUGAAGAAGGGAGACUGACGCAAUAGUAGAUAGACUGACUUCUGUUAACAAAGGCAUAUGGACAAUAACUGACAUCAGCCACGAGGGGAGAGGUGGGGAACAAACACAACACAAUGAUGAAUUCUCCUAACUGGAAAAAGAGUAGGGACUUCUGUAAAGAGAUGUUAUGACUUUGUCACCUGCAGACUAGGAUUGUGCAAUUGAACUUUCUUUUCAUCUUGUUUUAGUUACUGAAUUUAGAUGACAGCUCCUAUCGUAGACAUGAGGAAGAAUACUGGGAAGAAAGGGCCAUCACUUCCGUGGCCUUUCUAUAUGGCCUUACACUUUGGGUAGAAGAGAAAGAGGGAAGAGGGUGGGGGUUAUUUUUGCAUGGAGUUUUUGUUUUCUUUGAGAAUGAACAGUGCAUCCUCUAGUCCCAAACUCUUCUUUAAAAGAAUCCUGCUGAAUAGUUGUUUUUUGGCACUGCUGUUUCAAGAUGAGGUGUUCCACAGAUCAUUUCUAUACAAAUAUAAAUCUAAAGAGUUGUUCAACUAUUUUAUUAACUUAGAUUAUAUCGAUAAAAUAUUUGUUGUGUGUAGUAAGACUCUGCAGCUUUAAUAAAAAUAACAGAAGAUUUGA